GCCUGGCUCAUCCAGGAAGCCCUUCCUCUCUCCCCUUCUUCCUGGGCGGAGAGGAGGAGUGGCAGAGCAGCAGCUGAGCGGAGGCGGCGCCGGCGGCAGGGAAGAGAGACCCGAGAGGGGUGGUGUUACUUGUGAUCCUUCUGCUUAUGACCUUGGUGGGCAUUAUAAUCAGCAAUGGCGUACAAUGCAGGAACCGCUGUGGAUCCUAACCAGUUAGCACAGCGCAUAACAGCUAAUAUCCAGAAAAUCACACAAUGCACUGCAGAAAUACAAAGAGUACUGAAUCAACUGGGAACACAAGACACACAUGAAUUGCGGCAACAGCUGCAGCAGAAGCAGCAGUAUACAAACCAACUUGCCAAAGAGACAGACAAAUACAUUAAAGAGUUUGGAUCUCUGCCUUCAAUAACUGAACAGCGUCAAAGAAAAAUACAAAAGGACCGACUUGUGAAUGAGUUCACUACAGCCCUUACAAACUUCCAACGAGUCCAAAGACAAGCUGCUGAGAAAGAGAGAGAACUUGUAGCAAGAGUGCGAUCUAGCUCGAGGGUGUCGGGUGGAGCUACAGAGGAAAGCUACAGAGACGGAACACUUGUCUCCUGGGACAGCCAACCUCAGACUCAAGUACUAGAUGAAGAAAUCACAGAAGAUGACCUUCGUCUUAUUGAGGAGAGAGAGUCUGCCAUCAGGCAGCUUGAGGCAGAUAUUAUGGACAUCAAUGAAAUAUUUAAAGAUCUGGGGAUGAUGAUUCAUGAACAAGGAGAUGUAAUAGACAGCAUAGAAGCGAAUGUAGAAACAGCUGAGGUCCAUGUUCAGCAAGCAAAUCAGCAGUUGUCUAGAGCAGGCGAUUACCAGCGCAAGUCUCGUAAGAAAAUGUGUAUCCUCAUUGUUGUGCUGGUUCUGGGAGCAACCAUCCUUGGCCUAAUCAUAUGGGGAGUGUCAAAAUCACACUGAUGUGCUAAACGGUGCAGAAGGAAUUCCAGUCAUGUCUCAUUGUGAAAUCUGUUCAGUAAAUGAAAUAUCAACUUUUGUCACUACUUCUUUGUCACAAAAUGCAUUUUUAAUCCAAGAGAGGACUUUCCUCAGCUUGUGCAAUAGAAUUAAUUUGAUGUAACUUGCCAGGACUUAAUCCAGGAGUAGACAACUUCUGCUUAUGUGGUGCCUGUCUGUCCUCUCCUCUCCUCUCCUCUCCUCCCACCCCCCUCUCUCUUUUUUUCCUUUUUUUUAAAAAAAAUAUCCAGGUCAAGUUACAUUGGCUCUUGGGCACAAGGCUGAUUCGUGAUAUGGUGCAAUGAUUUCCUAUUGAUAGAGUGGGCCAAGCUUUUGCACGCGCGCACACAGUCUUGUAAGGUCAUUCAGCUGCACCCCUUCAAGACCCCACAGGGAGGGACUUGUGAGUGGGUUCCAGGCUUUCAAAAUUCAAUUCAAUCUGUCAAUCUACAGCUUUAUAGGUGCAGUUUAAGUUAUUACAAGUCAUGUAUCACUUUCAGAGACUGUUCCUCUCUCAGAAUCCCUGGUCAAAGUGAAAUUUUACAUAACUUCUUUAAUAAUCCAUACACACUGUCUCGGUGGUUUCUUUUCAUAAACCUAUGGAAGUGUCUGUUCAUUCUUUGCAUAGAUCAAAUUUAAUAGUUCAGUUACUGGAGGUUGAAGUCUUACUCUGUCAUAACUUUCCAAAACAUUUGGGUUAAUUUUGCUGUUUCUUGUUUGCUUAAGAAUCCCCCUCGGACAAAUAUUUUUAUAUAUAAACAUGAUACUGGGUAUCAGCAAACUUGGCAAAUCCUCAUCUAGCACAAAGAGUUUGAUCAUGUAAACUGUAGGUGUUUAUGUAGUAGUUUUAAUGAUAAGACUUUGGGGCACACUUAAAAUUAGCCACAAUUUGCACAAUUUAUGCACUUGCCAGGCAUUUGAAUUUUAAAGUGUAUAGAGAGUGUUAAUGUUGGUAUAGUUGCUUAACUGAAAACCUGGCUCUGAAGACUUCUUUGAUCUGAAUUCCCAAUGAUAUACAUAUACCUUACUGUAAAGCUGUUCCUGGUACUGUUGUGGGGUAUUGUGUGAUGAGACAGUAGGGAGAUCCAUGAUUAGGUUGGGUCAUUGAUCUUAAUAACUGUUGGUUCCUGUGUGUGUUCCCUGCAUGGUCCCAAAGCUUCUCAGGAUGGGAAAGUCAUCGAGACUGGGAAUAUGGCACAAGGGAAAUAAUGUACUUGCCCCCAUUUCCUGGCCAUGUUCUGCAUAGGGAAGAGCACCUAUACAUUUAUCCUUAAGUGUGUGUGCAAAAUUAGAUGAUCCAGUUGUGGAUCCCCUACUGUUCUGUCUCAUUUGGCUCCUAGAAUUUUUGAAUAUGGUGGUGAUCACUAAAAAUUCUGAAUUUAGUUCUCUUAAAUUUCAGUGCACCCUGAUGAAAAGCAAGUGCGGCAACUAAUUUUUAACAAAAGAAUUAAUAGUCUUUUCCUCAGCGUGUAAAUACUUAGCGUCCUGAACAGGGUUUUUUGAAAGUAUUGCGUUGCAAAUAAUUAAAUUCAAUUACUUUACUUUACUCAAAAUUUAAGAUUUUUUUUAAUAGUUUUUUUGGUGCCAUUUUGAGGUAACAUUGAGUUAAAAAGUAAAUUAAUGUUACUUGCCUGCUAAUCAAUUUUUCUUUUUAAAAAAAAAUGAAAGAAAGAAGGUUCAUUAUUGAAUUUGUAAAAUGUACUGAAUGAAUAUUAUCUUUGUCUUAUGCAUGUUUUGUACAGUGGUUUGACAGAGAAGUAGCAUUUACAUGAUGAGCUCUUGAGACUUGUGAUGGGGGAGAACUAAAAGUAUUUAAAUGCCAAACUUUGAUUGUACCAUCUUAAAUAAAGGUAGUUUUGAAAGUGAA